AUGGGUCAGAUCUACAGCGGCGCAGUGUCAGUGGCCAUCUGGAUAGGACCUGAAUAUGAGGAGAGCGCGCUAGCACUACAACUACUCCAGAGAGUGGCCGACAACUCGAUUGACCCUCAGUACAUAAAAUCCAUCCGUAACCCAGACUCAUUGGCGCUCCUCAACUUAUUCAAGAGAGACUACUGGAAGCGACUUUGGGUCGUUCAAGAGGUCCUUCUCGCAGACAAUAAGAUGGUAUACUGCGGAUCCUCGGCGUUCGUUUGGGAAGUAUACCAAAAAGCAGCGGAAGUCUUCUGGGGCAGAGACAGCGACCCACACAUCCGCCAAGGACCAUCAAGCUUCCCAGACCGCGACGCUUUGAAGCAACUUGGAGACGAGUCAUUAUUAGAGGUAAUGAGGGCAUGCAGAAAGAAGUUAAGCGAGAAUCCACGCGACAAAGUUUUUGGCAUUCUAGGUCUGCUCUCGGACGCUACACAACGCGAUUUCCCCGUCGACUAUAGCCAAUCUGUCAAGACGGUCUACACAGACGUUGUCGACCACCUGAUCUCGACUACUGAAAAGCUCGAUGUGAUCCGCGAAGCGAUACACUUCCCUCUGCACGUCAAUUCUACAGGCCUGCCCAGCUGGUGUCCGGAUUGGUCGCACAUUCCGGAAGUCUCUGGCCUGGGGCGCAGUCUCAACUUUGCAGCCUCUAGCAACGCGAACGGCCCAACUAAGGCACGGUACUGGUUCCACGAUGAACGACGGAAGCUUGAGAUCUCCGCAAUCAGUAUUGAUACAGUUACCGCAACAGGUGUCGCCGUAGGCACAUUUUGCGCUGCUCAAGACUAUCUAACAUCAUUUCUGCAAUGGCGCGCAAUGCUUCUUCAUGAACUCAGCGUAGAAGAAGGCAAUGAUACCCACCAAAUGCACAGCUCUUUCUGCAGGACCCUGUGCCUGGGACAGAUACCGCCAGAUUGGAGCCAGUCAGACAUGUGGCACAACCUCUGUUACCACGUCUUCGCAGCUCUGAUACGCGAAAGAAUGCCUCGCUUACCGAUGGACGAAGAUCUCAAGCGCCAUGUGGGUACGACAGGGCUCAUCGAGCCCAAGGCACGGCGCACUUUCCUGCAAGACCAUUUCGGCAACCGUAUGAUGGGACGAAGCCUGUGUAUUACAGCAGGCGGCCUGAUUGGUAUGGGUUCGGGCUACAUGACAGCGAAGGAUGUUGUUGUCGUUCCGUUUGGUUGCUCCACACCUAUCCUGCUCCGCCCGGAAGGCCGUCGCAACGAGUAUAGGUACGUGGGUGACGUCUAUAUCGACGGGUACAUGCACGGCGAAGCCCUGGCUCAAAUAGAAGCGGGGGAUCCGAAGAGAGUGGUUUCUAAGUACAUGCUCUGUUGA